GGCGCGUGACGCGGAGGCCGCUGGGGGCGGGGCCCGGAGCCGGAGCCCGGAGCCGGAGCCGGACCUGGGCUGGUGAGCCGUGAGUCCUCGCUGUACGCUGUGGAUCUAGGCUGUAGAGCAGCACGAGCUGGGGGAGGAGCGAACAGACCUCGUCGUUGGAUGGGGUUAGCUCCGGGAACGCGGCCGGCAGGCGGAGGACUGGGAGGAAGUAAACAAUGCCAUAGGUGGAGAAAUAAGAGUAUUCCACAUUGAGCCUACCAGGAAUUUGAAACAGCAGUUGUAACACAAAAUUCUGAUAUCCAAAGAAAUGAGAAAAACAUUGAGAAAUAGUAAUGGCAACAUGAAGAUAUCUAAAAUUGCCUAUCCAUUGGGACUGUUUGUAUGUCUGUUCAUAUAUGUUGCAUAUGUGAAAUGGAGGUGGGCCUUUGCUACCCAAAGAAUCUUCAGCAUAACAGAGACUGCUGUGGGGACAAGAAGUCAACAAUACCAUGAGAAAUCUGUGGCAACUAAUCAAGCAAUAUUCUAUGGAAUUAUGUUUGAUGCUGGAAGCACUGGAACCCGAAUACACAUCUUUAAGUUCACCCAGACUUCAAAAGAAACUCCCACUUUGACCCAUGAAACAUUCAAAGCACUGAAGCCAGGACUUUCUGCUUAUGCCGAUGAUGUUGAAAAGAGCACUCAGGGAAUACAAGAACUACUGAAUGUUGCUAAAGAAGAAAUUCCUUUUGAUCUGUGGAAGGUCACACCUUUGGUUCUUAAGGCAACAGCUGGUUUGCGUCUGUUACCAGGUGAAAAGGCUCAAAAGUUGCUACAGAAGGUAAGAGAGGUUUUCCAAGCAUCUCCUUUCCUUGUAGGAGAUGACUGUGUUUCUAUAAUGAAUGGAACUGAUGAAGGAGUCUCAGCAUGGAUCACAGUAAACUUUUUGACAGGCAAUUUAAACACUCCCGGAAAGAACAGUGUAGGCAUGCUGGAUUUGGGAGGUGGAUCAACACAAAUCACAUUUCUUCCAAAAAUUGAGGUCACCCUUCAGACAUCCCCAGCUGGAUAUAUAACUUCAUUUCAGAUGUUCAAUAGUACCUACAAACUAUAUUCAUACAGCUACUUAGGACUCGGUUUGAUGUCAGCAAGGCUUGCAAUCUUAGGAGGAGUAGAGGGAAAACCUGACAAGGAGUUGGUUAGCCCCUGCUUUCCUCCCAGUUUUAAAGGUGAAUGGGAACAUGCUGAAAUAACAUACCAAAUUUCAGGGUACCAAACAGGGGAUCACUUAUAUGAAUUGUGCUCUAAGAAAGUAUCAGAAAUCCUUCAUAAUAAAGUGCAUAAAACUGAAGAAGUCAAGAACUUGGAUUUUUAUGCUUUUUCUUACUAUUAUGAUCUUGCAGCAAAAGUUGGUCUCAUAGACAAUGAAAAAGGAGGCAGUCUCACAGUUGAAGACUUUGAAAUUGCAGCAAAAUAUGUUUGUAGAACCAUGGAAAUUAACCCUCAAGAAAAUCCUUUUAUUUGUAUGGAUCUUACCUAUAUUAAUCUGCUGCUUCAAGAAUUUGGGUUUCCAAAAACCAAAGUGUUUAAGCUGGCUCGGAAAAUUGAUGACGUUGAAACAAGUUGGGCUCUGGGAGCCACUUUUCACUACAUUGAUUCACUGAACAGACAACAAAACAAAGUCUCAUAGUGCCUGAGACCUUAAUAGGAGCCUUAGUUUGGAGAACAUUGCCAAACCCGUUAUGAGCAGAGCCCCCAAGCACCUUAAUAAGGGGUUAGUGAUCUUACUCUGGAUCUUACUCCACAAAAGUUGCUACAGUCUCCAUGAGAACCCAACACCUUUGUGGAAUAUAUGUGACUCCAUCUUCUAUUGAACAGCACUUGGGAACAGUUUGGUGAACAGCCAAGCCAACAUUUCCCAACUGUGUUCACUAAAUCCUAAUUUAUUAUGAAUUAUGAACUGAUUUUUAACAAAGACUUCAUUAUUUAUGUUUUGGACAGUUUCUAUUGGUGCAUUGUGUUGCCUUUUCAGUGCUGAUCCCUAGUACACCUACAGUGAUGUUAAUGUGUGGGCAAUAGACUGCUUUGUUUUAUUCAGCUCAGAAUGCAUUUUCAGUCCAAUUUUGAAGUUGUGUGACUUGUUCAGUGUCCAUACAACCUAUACUUGAUGGUAAGGCAGACUUCUAUAGCUCUACUAGAGGAGCAUAAGAGAUGUAGGUGCUUUUCUUUUACUUAAAGGAUUCUUUUGUCUGCCACUAGUUUCGUGUGCACAGAAGAGUGAUGUGAGCUAAGUUUAGGCCAGUUUUCUUCAGUCAGUAAUUGACAGGCCCUUCCACAACUGGCCAGAAAGUUGUGAAAAGGAGGGUUCACUGACUGAUCCCCACAUUUUUCAGCAUUUCUAGUACUGUGAAGAUCCACCCUCGUGGCACAUAGAUUAUGUCCACUUCUGUUCUUGCCUACUUGCUAUCAUGGUGACCUUAACUAUUCCAUCCAUUCCUAGGAGAAGUUGGUGAAGAGGUAGCAUACAAUUUGAUGAAUUUACCUAUUCUCCAUUAACAAAAUCUAAAUUGAGCCUCACUAGGAUAAACUAAUCCUAGAGAUGGGCUGCAAUGAACCUUGGAAUUAAAAUUCUUUACCUCUUCAUGUAUAUUCAAAUUCUGUUUUUCCAGAGACCUGCUUAAAAGUUUGGUUGGGAUUUACUUCUUUCUUCAUCAGAAGAGUUGUCACUGUGAUUGCAAAUGUAUCUCCUAUCUCCAGGAAAGACCAUGGAAGAUGGUAGAAUCACAACUUAUGUGCCUCUGGCUACAAAAAAAAUUUAAUGAUGAAUAUAAUUCUGGGCAUUAAUGGAUAUAAAUCUAUUUCUUUUUUCCACAAAAAUUCUCCACUUGAAGGAUCACUGAGUUUUCAGGCUUUUUGAAUGUCUUUUCCCCUCCUCUGAGCAUUGUCUUCCUUGUCCAAAUGAAUGUAUUUCUGGAUUGAGCCAAGUUUGCAGCCAAGCUGGGUGGUAACUGGAAUGGCAUCAGUGCUCUAAGGAGAGAAAUCAAGGGAAAUGUUUUGAAGCAGCAAAUACUAAUCCUGUUUAAACUGUUCUGCUCCAUCUGAAACUGGACUUGAGUACCCAAAAUUUCCCCUCCUUUUUUCCUGAAGUUACAGACAGAAUAGAGGAUAUUUGUUAACAUGCAGUGGCAUUUCAGGUACUAAUACUAACCCACCUCAGUGAUCUCCAAGCGUCUAACUCUAAACUACCUCCAUGGUGAUGUCCUCUGUAUAUCAGUCACCUACAAUUUAUGGUGGAGGAGACACUGUACUUGUUCUGCCAAAACACUGUUUAGGUACUCAUUGGUCAUUUCCUAAAAACCAUCUGUGCCCAUAAAUACUCAAAACGCUAUGUGUUGUAUGUGCUCUCCAAAAUAAAAACGUUUACACCUA